AGAAGACCGUCUGUGGCAGCCAUGCUCAGUAGCUAGUUAUUUAAGUGAGUUUAUCUACUUAAAAAUACAUUUAUUUUAGAGCGUAACGUGAGAAAUGAGAGACUCUCCACUACGGCGGUGGGUCUCACUUUGAGAUGUCUUCACAAGUGACACCAUGCUCCUAGACAGCAGCUGAAGAUCAACGUAUUUGACCAAAAAGCCGCCGUUACAGCUGCCGCCAUGGGAACAACAAUGAGUGAGCCAUGUAUCUACGACAAACUGUCCGAGAGCAUCGACAUCCUCCGCCAGUCGGGCUACCGCUACGGCAUGUCGGAGAGGGAGAUCGAGAGGUUUAUUAAGCAGGUCCUGGAGACCAACGAGCCCAGGAGAGAGCCUCCCCAGUUCCCCAUUCUAAGAGCCACCAUCAAGUUUGUGGUGGCAGUAGGUUUCCUGCUGGUGGUGGUGCUGGCCUUCACCUACCCACAGAAUGCCCCCCAGCUGGGUCUGGUCAACCUGGGCUGUUACAACUGGUCAUCCCCCCUGAGCCACGUCCGCCUUCUGUCCCUGCCCAUCGCCAAGAAGUACAACCUGCAAGGUUUCCAUGAAUGGUGGAGUGCCGGAUCCCUCCGGCAGAGUCUGGUCAACUGCUCAGGCUGUGCAGAGAUCUCUUCAGUGCUGGAAGUCCCAGAGAGCCUUAGAGGGACUGUGACUCUGCGACGGGGGCCACAGCUUGUCCUGUUGAAGGGUGGGGAGUCCCUCAGCGUCCAGCGGCAGCAGCUUGAGGAGCUCUACUUGGCCCAUUCAGGGUCCAUGUCCAUUCUGCUGGAGGAAGACGAUGGUUUGCAGAACCACAACCUGGGGCUCCCUCAAGGACCCGCCAACUUCACCCUGCUUUGGAGGUUCAGCUCUGGGACCAGGGAGAAGGUGCUGAGGUGGCUUUUCCCGAAGGCUGAGCUCUGCCCCCUGCUGGACAGUGCUGGGACCAUUCUGCAGCGCUGCCUGGUCACCCACAGCACAAACUCCCAGAGCAAGGGUGUCGGGGUGCUGGGCUGGCUGGUGGUGGGUGAAGGGCUGCCAACAGUUCGAGUUCUGCCCGUUCAUCGCUGUCAGAAACACUGCAGCUCCUUCAACCUGUGGCUGACACCUGGAGACAUGGUGUACGCUGACCCUCGGUACUGGCAGAUGGAGUUGUUUCCCGGCCGAGGCCAGAACAUCAUCUGUGACGGAUCGGCCUUUUAACGUUCAGGUGGGGCGAAGCGAAGGAGGACAGAGUUCAGGACUGUGAACGUGCAGAUCAGCGGUGAAUGUUUGACUUCCUACUGAGGUGUUUUGGAGCUUGUCGGCCUUUUUUUGUGGCCCUGAUGCCUUAUUACCCUCCCAUCUUUUCUCUGAUGCCCGCCUCCCAGUGUCCUCAGAGAACUCAAAGCCACUGCACACAUGACUUCAGUUUGGAAAAGAAUGAUUUCCUACAGGUUUUAAGGGUGGAGGUCAGAGGUUUCACUAAUGACUUUAUCCUUGUGUAUAACGGCACAACAUCAUCAGUCUCUAAACUUUCCGCGCUAACAGCUCUCAGAUGUUCUGGAUGUAUUUGUGCCAUAGCUUCAAGCAGAACUCUAACAAUUUAAAAAUAAUACUGCUCAUGAAAUCCUUAGGUGUGUCUCUGUUUCAGAGGGUAGUGAAACACUGUUGGGUGAAUUGGCAUUAGCCUGGUUCCAGACGUCUCAAUCACCACACACAACACUUUUCUUUUUUAACAUACUGAGUGGGAGCCAUCUUUGAGCCUGGUCAUCCAGUUCCUAUUACACGUGCAUGGAUGUUCACUGCCUGCUGAAGUUCUGAGACACACCUACAUCUUGACCUUCUGCCCUUUAUCCAGCACUUUCCUCCAUGUUAAAGGGCCAUUUCACCCACAUGACAAACAACUAAAUUUAAUCUCGGUUAUCUCUGGUGGAAUCCAGAACACACUAAAACUGGUUAUUUUCUCUACAUUAAUAACCAGGCCUGUUUCUUAGGCCUGGAGUUAUGUUAAAGGCCUAAGUUAUGUUAAAACUUUAGCUCUUCUUACUUAAAUACUGUAUAAUGUUAAAUUGAGACUGGAUUUAAAAAUGGUGAAAACACCUUUAACAGUUUUAAUUGGAAAUGAAAACUCUUUAAAUGGAGGCAGAGACACGUUUCUCAAAACGUGGACCAAUAAAACCAAAACUGUCUGACUGAAAUAAUACCACUUUUUGUAAUUUGGGUGAACUGACCCUUUAAUGACCAGUUACAGCUCAAACUUUACCAUACAGCAUCAGACAGAAAAUAUUUACAUGUCGUUUAUCAGCUUCAGAUAUUGUUUUUAAUUUUGAUUUUUGAGAUUUUAUGGACAAAGCUGCUUCUCUAAUUUCAUUGUUGUUAUUUAUUGUUACGAUUGUAUGUAUAUAUGUUCAAGCCAUUAAUUCUAAUAAUAAUGAUGUAUUGUAAUAUUAUUAUACUUUUGAUUAUCUCUUGUGUUUAUCAGUACACAGUGCAGACAGGAGUUAACAUCAAAUCAUCUCCAGCAGAUUCUGAGAUUUUUCCUUGAAGACGUAGAGGAUUUAUUUUGUGCAUGAUUGGGAUUUCCUAAAAAAAAAAGUCUGACUAAUAUGAAAUCAGUUUGCCAAAGUAAAUGCCUGUCAAAUUUAAAUUUCUGUGUUUUAAAA